AUGCUGCUCAGGGCGCGCUUAGCAUGCUCAGCGCGUCAGCGCUUAUGGAAUUCCUACCUGGCCGGUAAAGGUCGUGGGCUGGCGACAGUUUCAAACAACUCGCAAGCUUACGAUGUUGUUGUUAUUGGCGGUGGCCAUGCCGGCUCAGAGGCUUGCGCCGCUGCUGCUCGAUCUGGCGCUCGCACUGCGUUGGUGACGCCGUCUCUAUCGAAUAUUGGCGUCUGUUCCUGCAAUCCCAGUUUUGGAGGGAUCGGCAAGGGCACGAUGAUUCGCGAAAUCGAUGCGAUGGACGGUGUUGCUGGGCGGAUAAUCGACAAAGCCGGAGUCAUGCUUCGGGUGUUGAAUCGCUCCAAGGGCCCGGCUGUAUGGGGACCUCGCGCGCAAAUCGACCGUGAUCUAUACCGGAAAUAUAUGACGGAGGAACUGGUCAAUACGGAAGGGUUGAAUAUUGUCGAGGGCAAGGUGGCAGACAUUGUUGUCUCGAAGGAAGGGACUGAAAAUUUGCCAGGCGCCCAGGGCAAGAUUGUCGGUGUUCGCUUGGAGUCGGGGGAAGUGAUUCCGACUGGUCGAGUUGUCAUCACCACGGGGACAUUCUUGGGAGGUGAAAUCCACAUUGGACUGGAGGCUUAUCCCUCUGGACGAAUGGGUGAGGCGCCAACAUAUGGGUUGAGUAAGUCUCUUCGCGACGCUGGAUUUCAGCUCGGCCGCCUGAAGACCGGUACCCCUCCACGGUUGGAUAUGAAGUCGAUCGAUUUCUCAGGCUUGGAAAUUCAACGCGGUGACUCGCCGCCGAUGCCUUUCUCCUACUUGAAUUCCACAGUGGAGGUCGGGGAUGAGGGGCAGCUCAACUGUUGGUUGACGCAUACAAAUGAGGCAUCUCACGAAAUCAUUCGCGCCAACCUUGAAAAUUCGAUUCACAUUCGAGAAACUGUCCGGGGACCGCGCUACUGUCCUUCUCUGGAGUCCAAGAUCAUCCGAUUCAAGGACAAGAAACAGCAUCAGAUCUGGCUGGAACCCGAGGGCUUCGCUCCCAACGAGGUCAUCUAUCCCAACGGCAUAUCUAUGACCGUGCCUGCAGACGCGCAGUACGCUAUGUUGCGCACUGUCCGCGGGUUGGAGAACGUCAAGAUGCUCCAGCCAGGAUAUGGGGUUGAAUAUGAUUACAUUGACCCGCGCAACUUACGGCCGACGCUCGAAACCAAGUUGAUCAGUGGUCUUUACCUGGCCGGCCAGAUCAACGGUACCACCGGAUACGAAGAAGCUGCUGGUCAAGGUAUCAUUGCCGGCACGAACGCCGGCCUGGCAUCCCAAAAUCGGGGAUCCAUGACACUCACUCGCUCUGACGGUUUCAUCGGCAUCAUGAUCGACGACCUUAUUACGAAGGGCGUGUCAGAACCGUACAGAAUGUUCACCACUCGAAGUGAAUACCGCAUUUCCACCCGCUCAGAUAACGCCGAUCUACGUCUCACCCGCAUGGCUCGUGAAGCCGGUGUUGUCGGCGAUCACCGAUGGCGUCAAUUCCGAGACACUGAAGACCAGAUUCAAGAGCUCCAAGCCCUCUUGGAGAAGACAAAACUUUCGUCAACGGCAUGGUCACGGAAGGGUUUCAAAGUUCGUGCCGAUACGUCGAUUCGCUCCGCGCUCGACAUUCUCUGCCUGGAUGGGUCCGAUAUCGACACCUUAAUCCCCCACAUUGAAGCAGGGCACGGUACGGCGUACAAUGCUUCCUCCUUUGCACUGGAGAUUCGCACCCGCGUAGCCAUCGAGGGCCGCUACGCGCCUUACCUCAAACGUCAGGAGAAGAUGGCCCACCGCAAGAUCUUCGGGAUCAGCAACGAGGAGAAGCAGGCGCUUGAACGAGUCCGUCCGUCUAGUGUUGGCAUGGCCCGACGCAUUGAGGGUGUCACCCCAGCAGGUGCCCUCCGCUUAUUGAUGCAUGUUCGGAGAGGCAGCGGGUUUGUCAAGCAGACUCCUGAAGACCCUGCGACUGCGAAGAUUCUGGAAUCCGCCCCUUGA